GUAAAACUUACAGAAAAAACAUAGGUGAGAAAAAUCUUUGGGACUGGUGGCCAGAUGAAGAGUUCACACCAGCAGCUGGAUCUGUAAAAGAAAAAUGAAAUAAAUGGAUAACUUGGACUUCAUCAAAAUUUAAGACUUUCGUUCUGCGAAAGACUGUUAAAAGUAUGAAAGGGCAAGCUACAGACAUGGAGAAAAUAUUUGCAAACCAUAUCUGAUAAAGGACUGCUUUGUAGAACAUACUGGGAACCCUCAAAACUCAACAGAAAAACAAUUCACUUAGAAAAUGGGCAAAAGACACAAAGAGACACUUGACUGAAGAAGACGUACAGGUGCUAAAUAAGCACGUGAGAAGGUGUUCAACAUCCUUAUCCAUUAGGGUGAUGCAAGUUAAACCACAAUGAGUGUCACUGCACACCCAUCAGAAUGGCUAAAAUGGAAAAUAGUAAUAACACCAAAUGUUGGUGAAGAGGAGAAACUGGGUCCUGCGUACACUGCUUAGGGGAAUGUGAAAUGGUGUAGCCCCGCUGGAAAAGAAUAUGACCAUUUCUAAUGAAACUAAACACACAUUUCCUAUAACAAUCCAACAGUUGCACUCUUGGGCAUUUAUUCCAGAGAAGUGAAAACUUACGGUCACUUCAGAACCAGUGCAUGAAUGUUUCAUAGCAGCCUUGUUCAUCAUACCCCCAAACUGGAAACAAGCCAUAUGUCCUUUAACAGGCUUGCAGUCCAAGCCCACCUUGUGGAUGACAAGCCAGCUGAGGACUCCACUAGGACCGUGCAGAGGGAAGUUGGACCCUGGGAAGACACAGACCAAAAUCCAGCUAAUUAGAACGAUGCUCAGGAACCGGCGAAUCUCACACCAGGAGCUCUGCAACCACGAAGACUUCCUCUCCAAGCUCACUGUGGAGCUGAUGAAGGCCAUCCAGGACAUGGAGGAGAGCUCGGCCAUGAAAGUGCGGGUGAUGCUGCAGCAGCAGGACGUCUUCUCGACCAUCAUCAACAUCUUGGAGUGCUCCAACCAGAAGAAGCUGCAGCAGAUGAAGUGUGAGCUUCAGGAGUGGGAGGAGAAGGAGGAAUCCAAAAUACACAACCUGGAGCAGCAGGUGGAGCAGCUGAAUGCCAAGAUCGAGAAGACCCACGAGGAGCUGAGCUUCGUGAGCACUUACAAGGACCGUGAGUAUCCCAUCAAGUCGGUCCAGGUUGCCGACCUUGGGCACCAGCUGCAGCAGAUGAAGGAGAGCCAGCAGGAUGAGCUGGAGGACCUGAGAGAGGUGUGCAGGAUGGUCUUGGCGUCCAUGUCCAACCAGAUUCAGAAGAAGAAGAAAAAACUGCUGAGGUCUCUGGUGGUGAAAAUCCAGCAUGCUAACCAGGAGGCUCUCCUGUACAAGACUUGGAACAGCCAGGCCAUACUGAAGUGCAUGGGCAAGUUCAGAGAAUUUAUGGACCAGUUUGAGAAGGAAAUACCCAUCUUACGGGCCGAGAUGGAACAGCUCCAGGCUCAGAUUUGGGAACCCCGAGAGAUCGUAUUUGCGGACGUUCUGCUUCGGAGAGCCAAGUGCACCCCGGACAUGGACGUUAUCCUCAACAUCCCUGUGGAAGAGCCGCUGCCCUUCUAGAUGCUGGGGCCUUGGGCCACCCUUUCCCCCGGUUUCUUCCCCAACCUGGAGUCUUGAGUUCUCUCCUUCCAAGACCACGCCCCCAUUCAGCUCCUGAUCUGCAGUUCCUCCUUCCCUCCCUCCCUCCCUCCUUUCUGGUUGGUGCUGCUACUUGGGCGAGGUAGGAAUUCCUAGUCAAGUCCUAUUUACCAAUAAACCUUGAUUUGCAUUUGUUCUCUGCCAGUGCUUGGGGGGUUCCCAGCGAGGCCUUGAGAAGCAGAGGUAGGAAUGGACUUUGUCUUAAGAUCAGGGGUGGGCAACUGUGCUGAUGGCAUCUGGGGCUCCACGCUUCUCGGGAAACGCUGGAGUGACCCCCCUGCCUGAGUCUCCUGAGUCCCCAGCCGCCCCCAUCCCUGGUGCAGUGGGGCCCAG